AUGACACAACCAGAAGAAGAGCACGCUGAAGAGAUCAUGUCCACCCAACCAGCGGAUAUCUUCACUCCAUCAAGCCCAAGCAAUUUGACGGAGUGGCUGAUUUAUUUCAUCUACCAUGUACGGUCUAAACCCAAGUAUCGUCCCAGCGGUUACUGGCGAUACGUGAUAGGCGUCUACAAAAACCUCUUUCUCUCCUUUUACUUUAACUGGUUUGCCAUUGUUACCUCUCCUUUAAGUUCUUUGGCCUUUCUGAUAUCGUAUCCUAUCAUCAGUGGCAUUCUUUUGGCCUUUGAGUUGGGGCUCAAGCUAUUCAUGGACGGGCUAGGCGGAAGCCACCUUGUGAAAUUAAUCAGUCGGGAUUACGGAAGCGGAUUUGGAAUGAUUAACUGGGGUGCACCUGAGCUCUUGCUCUCUCAACAGACAAGCAGUCUUGUAAGAACUACAAUCCCCUCACUUAGCUCACCGCCAGCAGAAGGCACAGAUCACAGACACCGCGUAUUUGACAUAAGUAUUGCCCAAGCAAUGACCGUUCUUGCUUCUCUUGUAUAUGAACGUGACGACGAUAAAGUAACAGAGGCUUACAGGUCUGUAGCCGACUUGAAUGCAAAAUCGGAACAGAAGGACCAUAUUGAAUCAUCCAUAAGGCGACUUGUCUGGGAAUCCGAGGCACCCAUUCGACAUAUCGCGCAUCACUAUGGCUUGCAAUUUGCAGGCGUAACCGAACUAAAGUCACUCGGAGGACCAUUCUGUGGACUGUACUGGUCCAAUGAAUAUCCGGUGAUCAUCGUAUCCUUCAAGGGCACAACUCCCACGAACUACAGUGAGUUUUUGGUGGACGCCACUUUACAGCGCACAGAUGCACGCGCUUACCUCUUUGGUUCGGCUCAUGAAGGCUUUUACGACAGCUUGUUUCCCGCUCACUCCGACGAUGAGGAUGGCAAGGACCCAUACUUUGCAAUUCAAACCGCUGUAGUAGAACGUGCCAAACAGAUUCGUUCCGCCCUUGGCACGAACGAUCCUGUUCAACUCUGGGUCACAGGCCAUUCGUUGGGCGCCGCGAUGGGUUCCCUCUUGUUUGCUCGUUGGCUCAAGUGUCCUGAAGAUAUCGAGCCUUAUUGCUGUCUCCGAGACUGUUAUGUACUUGGCACACCUGCUGUAGGCGAUAGUGACUUUGCAUCCAUGUUUGCAUCCUACUCAAACGCACCACUCAAACGCACGUCUACCCUCUGGCGAGUUAUCAACCGGUGCGACAUUAUCUGUCGUAUCCCUCCUGGCUAUAACAACAUGACCAUUGGCCAUUAUGCACCUACAACCGAUUUCUUCAAUUACUCUCAUAUCGGUCAUGCUGUUGAAAUUACUCACCCCAUUCUAAACCCACGACCUUUAAAGAUCUAUCCGUCAAGCUACCAAUCCAACAUGAAGGUUUCGAUCGUCCCUGGUUCCUGGAAAGGCAUUUGGUCUUAUGGAAAAGCCAAAAAGGACUUUUUGAGAUCCACCAACAAAUAUACCAAGACACAGGAUUAUGGGUACUCUGCCUGGGCAAAAAACGCGCUUAAUCGGCUGGGCAUCGAUCCCAUUUCCCUUGUCGAGUCCUUUUACCCAUUCUUUAUUCGUGAUCAUAUACCCAUUCACUACUUUAAAGGAUUGGAGCGCGCCCGGGCAUUUUAUAAUCGUCAGGAAUUUACAGAAAUUAUGCAAAAAGAAAAUGAGACAAGUGAAAGAAAACUGACACAAUAA